AUGCGCGGCGCUGGUGGCCCCCGCGGCCCUCGGGGCCCCGCUAAGAUGCUGCUGCUGCUGGCGCUGGCGUGCGCCAGCCCGUUCCCGGAGGAGGUGCCGGGGCCGGGCGGGGCCGGCGGGCCUGGCGGGGGCCCCGGCGGGGCGCGACCUCUCAACGUGGCGCUCGUGUUCUCGGGGCCUGCGUACGCGACCGAGGCGGCGCGACUGGGCCCGGCCGUGGCGGCAGCCGUGCGCAGCCCGGGCCUGGACGUGCGGCCGGUGGCGCUGGUGCUCAACGGCUCGGACCCACGCAGCCUCGUGCUGCAGCUCUGCGACCUGCUGUCGGGGCUGAGGGUGCACGGCGUCGUCUUCGAGGACGACUCGCGCGCGCCCGCCGUCGCGCCCAUCCUUGACUUCCUGUCGGCGCAGACUUCGCUGCCCAUCGUGGCCGUGCACGGCGGCGCCGCGCUCGUGCUCACGCCCAAGGAGAAGGGUUCCACCUUCCUGCAGCUGGGCUCGUCCACAGAGCAGCAGCUUCAGGUCAUCUUCGAGGUGCUGGAAGAAUACGACUGGACGUCUUUUGUAGCUGUGACCACGCGUGCCCCCGGCCACCGGGCCUUCCUGUCUUACAUUGAGGUGCUGACUGAUGGCAGCCUGGUGGGCUGGGAGCACCGCGGGGCAUUGACGCUGGACCCUGGGGCUGGCGAGGCCGUGCUGGGCGCCCAGCUCCGUAGUGUCAGUGCGCAGAUCCGCCUGCUCUUCUGUGCCCGUGAGGAGGCUGAGCCGGUGUUCCGGGCAGCCGAGGAGGCUGGCCUCACUGGGCCUGGCUACGUCUGGUUCAUGGUGGGGCCCCAGCUGGCUGGAGGCGGGGGCUCGGGCACCCCUGGGGAGCCCCUUCUUCUGCCAGGAGGCGCCCCACUGCCUGCCGGGCUGUUUGCAGUGCGCUCGGCAGGCUGGAGGGAUGAUCUGGCCCAGCGUGUGGCAGCUGGCGUGGCCGUAGUGGCCAGAGGUGCCCAGGCCCUGCUGCGUGACUAUGGCUUCCUGCCUGAACUUGGCCAUGACUGUCGCGCCCAAAACCGCACCCACCGAGGGGAGAGUCUACACAGGUACUUCAUGAACAUUACCUGGGAUAACCGGGAUUACUCCUUCAAUGAGGAUGGCUUCCUGGUGAACCCCUCCCUGGUGGUCAUCUCCCUCACCCGAGACAGGACGUGGGAGGUGGUGGGCAGCUGGGAGCAGCAGACUCUCCGCCUCAAGUACCCGCUGUGGUCCCGCUAUGGCCGCUUCCUGCAGCCAGUUGAUGACACGCAGCAUCUCACCGUGGCCACCCUGGAAGAGAGGCCUUUCGUCAUUGUGGAGCCCGCCGACCCCAUCAGUGGCACUUGCAUCCGAGACUCUGUCCCCUGCCGGAGCCAGCUCAACCGCACCCACAGCCCUCCGCCGGACGCCCCCCGCCCAGAAAAGCGGUGCUGCAAGGGCUUCUGCAUCGACAUUCUGAAGCGGCUGGCGCACACCAUCGGCUUCAGCUAUGACCUCUACCUGGUCACCAACGGCAAGCACGGCAAAAAGAUUGAUGGUGUCUGGAAUGGCAUGAUCGGGGAGGUGUUCUACCAGCGCGCGGACAUGGCCAUUGGCUCUCUCACCAUCAACGAGGAGCGGUCCGAGAUAGUGGAUUUCUCCGUCCCCUUCGUGGAGACAGGCAUCAGCGUUAUGGUGGCGCGUAGCAAUGGCACUGUGUCCCCCUCGGCCUUUCUCGAGCCAUACAGCCCUGCCGUGUGGGUGAUGAUGUUCGUCAUGUGCCUCACUGUGGUCGCCGUCACCGUUUUCAUCUUUGAGUACCUCAGUCCCGUCGGCUACAACCGCAGCCUGGCCACGGGCAAACGCCCUGGCGGCUCAACUUUCACCAUUGGGAAAUCCAUCUGGCUGCUCUGGGCCCUGGUGUUCAAUAACUCGGUGCCUGUGGAGAACCCCCGGGGGACCACCAGCAAAAUCAUGGUGCUGGUGUGGGCUUUCUUCGCCGUCAUCUUCCUCGCCAGCUACACAGCCAACCUGGCCGCCUUCAUGAUCCAGGAGGAGUAUGUGGAUACCGUGUCUGGGCUCAGUGACCGAAAGUUCCAGCGGCCCCAGGAGCAGUACCCGCCCCUGAAGUUUGGGACGGUGCCCAACGGGUCCACAGAGAAGAACAUCCGCAGCAACUACCCCGACAUGCACAGUUACAUGGUGCGCUACAACCAGCCCCGCGUAGAGGAAGCGCUCACUCAGCUCAAGGCAGGGAAGCUGGAUGCCUUCAUCUACGACGCAGCUGUGCUCAACUACAUGGCCCGCAAAGAUGAGGGCUGCAAGCUCGUCACCAUCGGCUCGGGCAAGGUCUUUGCCACCACAGGCUACGGCAUCGCCCUGCACAAGGGUUCCCGCUGGAAGCGGCCCAUCGACCUGGCACUGCUGCAGUUCCUGGGGGAUGAUGAGAUCGAGAUGCUGGAGCGGCUGUGGCUCUCUGGGAUCUGCCACAAUGACAAAAUCGAGGUGAUGAGCAGCAAGCUGGACAUCGACAACAUGGCGGGCGUCUUCUACAUGCUCCUGGUGGCCAUGGGCCUCUCCCUGCUGGUCUUCGCCUGGGAGCACCUGGUGUACUGGCGCCUGCGGCAUUGCCUGGGGCCCACCCAUCGCAUGGAUUUCCUGCUGGCCUUCUCCAGGGGCAUGUACAGCUGCUGCAGCGCGGAGGCUGCCCCGCCGCCCGCCAAGCCCCCGCCGCCGCCGCAGCCGCUGCCCAGCCCGGUGUACCCGGCGGCGAGGCCCGCUCCCGGUCCCGCGCCCUUCAUACCCCGCGAGCGCGCCACUGUGGACCGCUGGCGCCGCGCCAAAGGUGCAGGGCCGCCGGGGGGCGCGAGCUUGGCCGACGGCUUCCACCGCUACUACGGCCCCAUCGAGCCGCAGGGCCUGGGCGUCGGCGAGGCGCGCGCCGCGCCCCGGGGCGCAACUGGGCGCCCGCUAUCUCCGCCGGCUACGCAGCCCCCGCAGAAGCCGCCGCCCUCCUACUUCGCCAUCGUGCGCGACAAAGAGCCGGCCGAGACCCCCGCCGGCGCCUUCCCUGGCUUCCCGUCGCCGCCCGCGCCCCCGGCCGCCGCGGCCACAGCCGUCGGGCCGCCGCUCUGCCGCCUGGCCUUCGAGGACGAGAGCCCGCCGGCGCCCACGCGCUGGCCGCGCUCGGACCCCGAGAGCCAGCCCCUAUUGGGCCCCGGCGCGGGGGGCGCGGGCGGUGCGGUGGGCGCGGGCGGCGGAGCCCAGGCCGCGCCACCCCCGUGCCGCGCCGCGCCGCCCCCCUGUCCUUACCUUGACCUAGAGCCGUCGCCGUCGGACUCGGAGGACUCGGAGAGCCUGGGCGGCGCGUCGCUGGGCGGCCUGGAGCCCUGGUGGUUCGCCGACUUCCCCUACCCCUACGCCGAGCGCCUCGGGCCGCCGCCUGGCCGCUACUGGUCGGUCGACAAGCUCGGGGGCUGGCGCGCCGGCAGCUGGGACUACCUGCCCCCGCGCAGUGGCCCCGCCGCCUGGCACUGUCGCCACUGUGCUAGCCUGGAGCUGCUGCCGCCGCCGCGCCAUCUCAGCUGCUCACACGACGGCCUGGACGGCGGCUGGUGGGCGCCGCCGCCCCCGCCCUGGGCCGCGGGGCCCCCGCCCCGGCGCCGGGCCCGCUGCGGGUGCCCGCGGUCGCAUCCUCACCGCCCGCGGGCCUCGCACCGCGCGCCCGCAGCUGCCGCGCCGCACCACCACCGGCACCGGCGCGCCGCAGGGGGCUGGGACCUCCCGCCGCCCGCGCCCACCUCGCGAUCGCUCGAGGACCUCAGCUCGUGUCCCCGCGCCGCCCCCGCGCGCAGGCUCACCGGGCCCUCCCGCCACGCGCGCAGGUGCCCGCACGCCGCGCACUGGGGGCCGCCGCUGCCCGCCGCGCCCCACCGGAGACACCGGGGCGGGGACCUGAGUACCCGCCGGGGCUCGGCGCACUUUUCCAGCCUCGAGUCCGAGGUAUGACGCGGCCUGGGGGGCCCCGCCGCCCCCUCGGUCAGCGCAGGCCACAGCCCGAGGGAGCACGCGGGGUGGACAGGACCCGCACGGGUUGGGAAGGAAGGAAAUGGAACUGGCCGGACCCCGCCUGGAGCAGCGUCCUGCGCCCCUCGCUAUGGGGGCACCUCGAGCCGGGGGGGAUUUGGUCCCUCAAAUCUCACCCAGCCUGGGAACAAGGGGAUAGGGGUCUUGGAGCCCACUGGACUUUUUUUAAACCCGACAAGGGCUUUUUAACGUCACCAGAUGGGGCAGGAGGUGGUGGGGUCACGCCACGCCCGCGUCACUCCCCCACGCCUGGGGCCGUGGCCCCCACAUCACUGUGCAGCUCCCCGGCCCCAGCCACGCCUCCGGGGAAGCCCGUUUUUAACCUUUCAUCCAUCGGGACUCAAAACUGUGAGACGCGUUCGCCAAACUGUGACCCCAGACCUUGGCCCCCGCCACACAGAAACCCCUGACCCCAGACUGUGACUUCCGACCCCUAAAAAUGGUCAUCCGACCCCAGACUGUGACCCCUGACCCCAAACUGUGACCCGAGCCCCAGACCGUUCCCGGACCAGACUCUGUCCCUCGACGUCAAACCGUGACUCCCCCUCCUCCUUUUCCACCCGCGGUAGCUUUCCCCUCUUUCGACCUAGCACACGCCCCCAACGGAAGCCCCGCCUCCACUGCCCCAGCGUUGAUCCCAACCUCCAGCAGGCCAAAACUUCCCACCCUGUCGCACCUCACUACCAGCCCCAGGUGCCACGAAUCACAUGCUCUCCAAAGCCAACCCUUAUUUGUGACCUUUCAGUGAAGACCCAGCAGACCCUCAAAAGCCUCCUCUUCCCAGAUCUCCAGCCGGGUCUGGAGCUGGGUUGUGGAAGAGAGGGGUCUGGGAGUCCACACAUCACCAACCUCCCUUCCCACUCUCCUGUCCCAUAUUGCAGUGUUUGGAAUAAACCAUGUUUUUAU